AUGUCGGAGACAAAGGUAAAACAAGAAACUUCACCUGAUAUACCGGCUGAUAAAUCGAAGGAUGAUUCAUCAAAGGCUACAGAAUCACAAUCAACGACAAAAACAACAACCACAAGUACAAAUGAUACAUCAGCAACAGAAUCAGAACCUAAAUUCGAAUGUAAGUGGUCAGAAUGCACUUCUGAACCCUUCUUAUCUUUAUCCAGUUUGGUAUCACAUUUAAAUUCAAAUCAUUUGAAUGCUACUCAUGUCACAAACUCAGCACCAGCAGUACGACACACUUGUCUUUGGGAAUCCUGUCCAAGAUAUGGAAUGGAUCAACCUUCAAGGUUUGCCCUUAUAUCACAUUGUAGAACUCACACAGGUGAAAAACCAUAUUUCUGUCCUGUUCCUGAAUGUGAGAAACAUUUUACCAGAUCAGAUGCAUUAGCCAAGCAUGUUAAAGCAGUUCAUGAUUUACAUUCAUUAAAGGAUUCAUUAAAGGAGUUCAAUGAAAAGAUUAGAUCGAAAGAAAUACUGCAUUUGACUCAUCCAAUCAACGAAGAAGAGUUUCUUAAGUUGAUUGAAGAAGAUUAUGAUUUAAAAAAUCCAUGGUGGUUUUCAAAUAGCUUUUUAAGUACUUUAAGGGGAAUUUCUACACCAAGUAAUGGUGAAUCAUUAGAUGAACAUAUACAUAAACGAUUGAAAUUGAAAACAUUAUAUGAUUUGCCAUAUGAUUUCAAACAGCAUAAAGUUGCUGUAUUAAGAUAUAAGAAACAUUUACAAGAAGCAAAUAAGAAAGGUUCAAACGAUGUAUUGAUAAACGAUAAGGAUGAAAAUAAUCAAGAAUUGAAUUUAAUAGAAAAACUGCAAAAGCAUGAUAAGCUGAAAACUGAAUUUGAAAAUGCCGAUCCUAUUCAUAAUUCAUUAUCUACGGCUUCUAAAGAAUUGAAAGGGACAUAUGAAAAAACCAUUGGAGAUGUGAAUAUAGAUAACGUCAAAAAAUUAGAUGAUUUAAAACAAUUAUACGAGAAAUUAGCUAACAAGUUGCAUACAGCCAAUAAAAUUAAUGAAAUUUUAAGUAAGAAUUUAUCACAAGAAAUCAAACAAAAAAGAAAGUUAUGGUUAAUUAAUCAGCAUUUAAUCGAUUCAAACUUAGAAAUCGGAUUACCACCUGAAAGAACAGAUGUACCCCAAAGAGUUAUGAAAGAUGAGAUUGAUGAUGAGUUGUUACGUGAACCAUAG